AAAUGGCCAAGAUAAGGGAACUGUCGCUGGGUGAGGCGCUGCCAUCCACCGUCGUCCACGUCGCCGGUCAUCCGUACUUAUUACACACGGAAUCCGAAGCCACUGUUCACCCUCUGAGUGGUGAUGCGCUCGUUCCAGCGACUUUCGUCGACUUUGACGGCCCCGAGGGGUAUUUGGAUGAUGUGAUCGCCGGCGCCGAUUUUGCCCGUGACGAUGUGUGGAAUGAGGGAUUCCUCAAAGCUGUCAUUCAUAAACAUGGUAAGAAAAUCACUUCUUCUACCCACAUAUCGAGUAAGAUACUGCAUUCGAUGCACCAAUUACCGGAUGGUCAUGGCCCUGCCUUGCCUACAGGGCCCUGUGUAAUACUCCCAUCUGGGAAUAUCCACAGAGUAUACCGGCUAUACGCCGAUGAAAACAACGCGUUCGUGCGUGGAGUCUUGCCAAACACAGCCUCAACUUUCAGAUGGCUCGAGGUCUCCGACAUGAUACCAGUGCCAUCCAGGAUAUACGCGAGAGAGCCCACGACUGAACGUCCCCUGGCCGGCUUGCGAUUCGGGGUCAAAGACGUGAUCGAUGUGGCUGGGCUGGAAACAGGUAACGGUAGCAAAUGCUUCCGCGAACUUUACCCGCCGAAGGUGUCAACAGCCCCUUUUAUCAGCCAGUUAAUCACCGCUGGUGCAGUCAUGGUGGGAAAGAUGCGAUGUUGCCAGUGGUGUGACGGGCAGGACCCGUUAGAGCGGCUGGAGGAAGUCACGCCAACUAACCCCAGAGGUGACGGGUUUCAGAAACCUUCUGCCUCAAGUUCGGGCUCUGCAGCGGGGUGCGCGAGUUACCCGUGGUUGGACUUCACCAUAGGGACUGAUACCGGUGGCUCGAUUCGGCAUCCGGCUGGUGUCAACGGCCUGUAUGGAAUCCGACCCACGGUUGGCUGUCUCGAUAGCGCAGGUUUGUUAUGUACCCGUUACAUGGAUACACCGGGUGUAUUUGCUCGCUCAGCUGCCGUGGCCGAAAUAGUCACCAAGGCCGCGAUGAAAGCACCAAGUCUCCUGUCGCCUCAGGAACUACCAGGUCAAUCAAGAGCCGAGUCAUCUGAUCCAAGCAAUAAUUUCGAACCCGUCAAGAAGACGAGACGCUUCAAAUUGCUCUACGCCGUGGAACCCCCUUCAGAAGAACCCAGCAAGACACCCAAGUUCUUCUCCUCCGCAGGAAACGGCCCAGAAGCCCAGACACCAGCAGGUAAACUCAUGCGCAACUUCAUCGAAAAGCUCGAGACCCACCUCGGCUGCGCCGGUCAAGAAACCUGCCUCUACGACCUCUGGAAGAAACAACACCCUCCAGGAACCCCCGAAAGCCUUGUGGAAGCCACGGGUACCAUUUACCAAAACAUCGUGUAUCCGACGCUGUAUCACCAAACCAUCAAGCCCUUUAUCCACGAUUUCAAGGCUGUUCACGGUGAGAAUGCGCGGCCUUUCAUCGAGUCGACUACUAAAGCGAGGCUCGAUUACGGGGCCCGGGUAUCGGGGGAAGAGCAGAUGGAUGCAAUGGCGGCGUUUGAGUCGUAUGCUGCUUGGGUUAACGAUAUCCUCCUAGUCUGUUCCUCAGAUGACGAUGAGACUCAUAUUACGGAAGAGAAUGAGAUCCCGCUAUUGAUUUACCCCCAGAGCUGGGGUGUGCCACAGUAUAGGGACGAGGUUGCCAAGAGUGAGGACGGGAAGCUUUUCUGGAGCGGGUUUUCGGUGUACUCGAUUAGUUACUGCUCGGGUUGUCCCGAUUUUACCAUCCCAGUUGGGGAGGUUGAAUUCACUUCCAAGUUCACGGGGCUGAAGGGGUAUUUACCAGUUGCGGUUUCGUUGCUUGGGCCGAGGGGGAUGGAUCUAGAGAUGUUGCGGUUGAUUAGGGGGCUGGAGGAAAAGGGGGUUUUUAGGGAGCUGCAGUGUGGCAGUAGAUUAUUCUACGGAUGAGAUGCUUGUGGGAUACCCAAAGAAAUUGUGAACAAAAAGUAGUAAGACGAAUUAAUAUGCCACCUACACAAUGCUCAGAGUUUUAUGUUUAG